AUGAUCGUCGGCCGCCGGAGUAAGCAGAUUCGGUCGUUCUCGGUGGACGAGAGCUCGAUCGGAGCGCAGCAGAGAUCGUGCCAGAAUUGCGACCGCGGAAUGUCGCCGGCGAGAUGCUCCGACAAGGAGGAGGACGAGCAUUGCCACGGAGUAUCGAGCGGCUACUCAUCGGAGUCAUCGCAGGGGUGGAGUCGUCGGAGUCUUCCUGUUUCUGAAAUUCAUGAGAAUAUGGGCGACUCGAUCAUCAAUUUUGAUUUGGAUAUUUUUCCUGAAGUUGCAUGUGUGCCAACAUGCCCCGACGAACUCCGUCCUUAUGUUGGUAAGAAAUUCCAUUCAUUAGAUGAGGGUAUUGCCUUUUAUGAAGGUUAUGGGCGUGAAACUGGUUUCGAUGUGCGUAAACGUGGAAUCAAAUCUACUAGAGAUGUUGUUACGUGGCAAUAUCUUGUUUGUAACAUACAGGGAUUGAAGGUGGGGAUUGAAAUGCAUGAGAUGCAUGCACAAGAGGGUUUUAUAACCAAACGUAGACGCACAUCCAAAAGGUGUGAAUGUAGAGCGCGAAUAUCACUCAAGUAUGUAUCUAAGGUUGGAUUUGUGGGUUAUGUUGUUCAAGAAUUUGUGGAAGUUCAUAAUCAUAGUAUGAUUGAACUUCCGUUUAGACGUUACAUGCAUAUUAAUCGUAGGUUGGGUGAAGUACACAGGCAAUUCAUAUGGGACUGCACGAAAGCCAAUAUUGGACCCACCAUGUCAUUCAAAUUCUUGAAUGAGUUCUUUGGCGGCUAUGACACUGUUGGAAUCACCGUGGCAGAACUUAGGAAUUAUGUCCAAGGUCUGAAAACUUAUGUCGAAGGUUCUGAUGCACAAAUGUUGUUAGAUGAAAUGGUGAGGAAAAAGAAGGCAUGUCCUGAUUUCACAUAUCACCAUCAACUUGGGAGUUCAAAAGAGUUAAAAGUGCUUUUCUGGUGCGAUGCAAUAUCUAAGCGGAAUUAUCAACUGUAUGGUGAUGUUGUCUCCUUCGACUCCACAUACAAUACCAAUAGGUAUUGCAUGAUAUUUUCACCCUUCAUGGGCAAGGAUAACCAUGGAAAGCCAGUCACAUUUGGAGCUGCACUCUUAUCCAAUGAGACCACAGAAUCUUAUUCAUGGCUCUUCAAGCAUUUUUUGGAAUCCAUGGGUCAAGCCCCUAAGAUGAUUGUUACUGACCAAGAUAUAUGUAUGAGAGCUGCUAUUCGUGAUGUUUUGGUGGAUACAAAGCAUAGAUGGUGCAUGUGGCACAUUAUGCUUAAACUUACCGACAAAAUUCCAAGGAGAUCUCUAUAA